UCGCUCCACAGACUAUCUACAAGCCAGGAUCUUAAACUGUGCGUUCAGUAAAAAACAAAAAAAUAAUCCAGUCCUGCGCAAUACAUCUGAAAACAUUUUAACUCUGAAAUACGGCUGUGUUUUAAAUCCCACCCUUUUAAAAUAUAUCUGCGUCGAUAUUUGACCUGAGAAGGACGCGGGAUCUGACCGAGACUUCGGGAUACCGAACAGGUUUAUAAAAGGAGAUUAAUCGACGGAAACCUUGCGUUGUCUUUUUUAUAGCCUAAGUCGUGACUCAUCCGCUCGUUUCUUUUUGCACCAAUUCGUUAAUUUUAUUAGCAAACCCUCAUAAAACACAUAAACACAUCGGUUUAAAAGACAUCUGAAUCAAAGAUUAACAGUUCUCUGUAUUAAUUUCCCAAGAGAGCUGAAAAACACGCGCUAGCCUAUAAUACGCGGCGUAGGGCGUUACGUAAUAGUGUCGCUUUCCAUGGUGCUGAAACUGACCGAUGAAUAGACGCAUACAUCCGCCACAAUUAUAAAAAAAAAACAUAGAGAAAGUAAAACUAUUGUUUUGUUAUCGAAUUGGCUACAUUGUUUCGUUCUGGUUGGAUACCUAGGGGAUACAUCUAUUACCCUUAGCUUUUUUUGUCGGCGAAUUGCUUAUGCAUUUCGGCUGUCCUUCCCUUUUCCCCGGUGAAGUCGAUUCUUGAGGUGGUUGUAUAGACGCCAGUGGUAGAAAAUGUCGGGACAGACUCUGACGGAUCGCAUCGCCGCGGCGCAGUACCAGCUCACCGGCUCCGAUGUGGCUCGUGCCGUUUGUAAAGCCACCACGCACGAGGUGAUGGCGCCCAAGAAGAAGCACUUGGAUUAUCUGAUCGCAGCCACCAAUGAGACUAACGUCAACAUCCCUCAGAUGGCUGACACGCUGUUUGAGAGAGCCACCAACGCCAGCUGGGUGGUUGUGUUCAAAGCCCUCAUAACAACUCACCACAUCUGCAUCUACGGCAAUGAGAGAUUUAUUCAGUAUUUGGCUUCAAGGACUUCUUUGUUCAACCUCAGCAACUUUAUUGACAAAACAGGCACCCAUGGUUAUGACAUGUCAACAUUCAUCAGACGAUACGCACGGUACCUGAAUGAGAAGGCGUAUGCUUACCGUGCAAUGGCCUUCGACUUCACCCGAGUUAAGAAGGGAGCUGAGGGUGUGAUGAGGACUAUGGUUCCUGAAAAGCUUCUGAAGGCAAUGCCUGCUCUACAGACUCAAGUAGACACACUGCUGGAGUUUGAUGUUCAUCCUAAAGAUCUGAACAAUGGGAUCAUAAACGCAGGCUUCUUGCUUCUCUUUAAGGACCUGAUAAAGCUCUUCGCCUCUUAUAAUGAUGGGAUCAUCAAUUUAUUAGAGAAAUAUUUCAAAAUGAAGAAGUCUGAAUGCAAGGAUUCCCUGGAGAUUUACAAGAAGUUUCUGACCCGAGUGACCAAAAUUGCAGAAUUCAUGAAAAUCGCUGAGCAAGUAGGCGUGGACAAGAAUGAUAUUCCUGACAUUUCUUAUGCUCCCAGCAGUAUUCUGGAGUCUCUCGAGACACAUAUGAACAGUCUGGAGGGGAAGAAAGGGGAAGGGUCACCUACAAAAGGAUCACCCACCAAUAAUGUUUCUCCGACCUCCACCCCUGCCAAAUCUGCUUCAGCACUUCCUACUCUAGAGCCGCCACCCAUUGAGGCCACACCCGCUGCUGCCGAGACAGCAACUGAUUCCUUGCUUGAUCUGGACCCUUUAUCUUCCUCUGGACCUUCUGCGGGAGGCGCAUCAGCUGCUCCCACAUCUUGGGGAGAUCUGCUAGGGUCAGAAAUAGGUUCCCUUACUACAGAGACUCUCCUUCCUGACCCAAACCCUGCCGUAGACUCCAACUCCUCAGCCACGCCCGCCACCACAGCCACAGAGGCAGCCGUUUCUUUGGCGGCUCCUUCUUCCGCUGCCGGCGGUACCUCCGGCGCAGCGGAUCUCCUCGGAGAUGUGUUUGCGGCCCCUGCGGCUGAAACAGCUCAUGCUGCAGAGGGUGGGGCCACAUCGACCAUGUCCACCCCUGCUGCCGUCAGUACAGCUGCAACGGACUCUGCAGGUGCUGGUGAGGCCAAACCAGUCGCCCCAACUACAGCAUCUCAAGGAGGAGACCUGAUGUCAGGUUUUGAUGGAUUUGGGGAUGUGCUGAUGCCAGCCAUGGCUCCUCAGGCAAUGGCUGCCUCACCAGUCAAACCCAUGGGAGGAGAUCUGGACUCAGCUAUGGCCAACAUAACCAGCAAUCUGGCAGUUGGAAACCAGAAACCGGGUGAAGCAGCUGGAGGGGCAAACUGGCAAGCACAGCCUGGAGCGGGAGCUCCUCCCAUGAUGCCAGGGUCUCCGAUGAUGGCUGCCCAACAGCCAAUGAUGAGGCCACAGUUUUCUGCUGCAGGAGCUCCUGGACAACAGAUGUCUCCAGGAGUGGCCCAGAGUCCCAGAAGGCCCCCUCCUCCUAAAGAUCCUCUUGCUGACCUCAAUAUCAAAGACUUCAUGUAGAUGAUGUAGACAGCUGGUUCGUCACAUUAUCGUGCAGCCCUGAUGAAACAGAUGUGUGUACUCGCUCUCUCUCUUUCUCCGUUCAUCAGAAUCAAGGCCCCGAUUCCCUCUCUCUCUCUCCCCUUCUGUCUGUUGUUGUAGCACAAACCGUGAAUGUGACUAAGUAUGUGUCUGUAUGUGUGUAUUUUAAUGUUCUCAGUUACUUCAGAUCAAUAUAUUUAAAAAUACAUUGAAGAGUAAUGGCAGAUGCAUUGUUGAACGAUCUGCAGGUCUCUCUCUGAAUAGAUGUGCAUUCAUUUUUCCUGGCUCGCUUUCCGUGGGAAAUCAAAUGAAAAGUGUGAUGUUUUCUGUGGAAAAUUAUUAUUAUUUUUAUUUAUUUUUUGCUGUGGUAAAUAUCAAUGGGCCGAUUUGUGUCAUCUUCAGUCAAGUAUUACUUACUGUUUUGUCCAUGGAAUUUCUGUGGGUAAACAAGAAUGAAUAUCAGUCUUACACAGGUUACACUAGUGUCUCAUGCACUGUUUCUGUUUUUAUCAAUGCCCUGAUCUGAUUCUUUUUCUUAUCUAUUCAUUGUGAGUUACAUGCAACAUGUGACUAUUUGAUGAAAAUACAUAUGCAUUUCAGAGUAUUUUAAAGACAGAUUGUUUUGAAUAUUGUUAGUCUUAUUUUGAGAUAAAAAGGUUGACUAUAUUUUAGUUAUGUCAAAAAUUUACUUUACUACGUGACUAGUUCGUAAUCCCAUUUGUAGAAUAUGUGUACAUCAUGAAGAAACAUGAAGGCAUUUUCUGAGCCAAUAGUUUCAGUGGUUAAUCUUGCAAGUGUAUUACCAUUAAACAGCAUGUAAUUCCUGAGUUAUCCAGAUGAAAUUGAGCCAGAUUUAAUUCUGUCAUCAGCCAGUUUACUUCAAUAGUUUAUGGUUCUCUCUAGUGUUUUAUUGAAUUGCGAGGAACUGUAUUGAAAGGUUUUCUGAAAGUAAAUCAGAUGGAUGAACAGCAGUGUGAUGGUACAGU